UCAUUUCAUAUACUUCUGUCGCUAAUAGCCAUCUUAUAAUCAUAAAGAUUUAUAAAACGCACUCAUUUAAAUGUUAGUUCGUGUCAAUUUUUCAGAGGAACUUAUUUGUUACCAGGAAAUUCUUCAUUAUAGAUCCGACGCCAUUAAAAUAUGCAGACAUGCAUAGUGUAUAAGUGUUUCGAAAAACGGAAUUUAGAAACGUAAUAGCUGUUCUUAGUUUGAAAGACUAGGACAGCGGGCACACAAACAGUGAUCACACGAAUGAAAAACAAGUGAAUUUGAAUAUACAUUGUGGACUUCAAUCUUGAUAAUAAUUUCCCUUUAUUAAAAAUAUGGAUGAAACAAUUAAAAAGUGUGUGAACACAUUUAAGCAUGAGAAAUGUAAGAUUUUUGAGAAGAAUUCACAAGGAAUGUUCAGAACAUGUGACAACAGACAAGAUCUAGAAUCCACGAGCCUCUUUACUGAUGAGGGACAUAGUCUACUUUGGAAAUGUUCAUCUGUCAAAGGAACAUGUACUCUCUGUCUAGAAAAUAAACAUAGAAAUCCAAACCUACCAGUAAAUCAAAACAGAGUUCCAAGGGACUGCAAACAGUGUAUUAAAAGAACAGAGUUCUUUACCGAAAAUUGUAAAGAAGUAUGUUUUAGUUUGAAAUCCAUUCAUCGCAGAAAGGAAGGUAAUAACGCACUAGAAAAUCAAGGAUAUUGUUGCAAACAAACCAUGGAUAUCAAUCCCAGAGCCAAAUGUUCAUUAACUGAGAGAAGAAGAGUCACUGCUUCCACACAUAAAGUAUCCCUCACAGCGUUCAUUAUGAUAAUACUGACUACAUCUCUAUUUCCAAUGGCAGCUUCACAAGAUUCACAACGAAGAUAUAUAACUCUGAUUAUUGAUAAUGUGGAUUAUAAACCUGGAAUGGAGGAAAAUAUGUCUCGAGAAUUCAAAGAUCUCGCCGAUACACUUUGUGUCGAGUUCAGCGGCUUUUUUCCAAACACCGAAGUUCUGAAAAAACGUAAACAUCACGAAGAUUCUUGCCAUGUAGAUAAUCUCAGGAAAACUACAGCUGGAAAGGUGGAAGUGAGAUUAACUAUUGAAAACUUAAGCCAGAAAAUCGCCGAAUCGGAAGACGGAGUUCUAAAUACCAUUCUUCAAAAUUCAAAACAGCUCACUCGGGAAGGAAAGGACUUGAUUGAUAUAAAUAAUAAUUUAAUACCCAUAUCAUCUAUACAUAUUACAAACAGCCCUGAAGCAGGACCACAGAUAUCAAACCCACUACUAGAGAGCGAAAGAAUGAGAAGAACCGUGAACACAUCCCCGUCCCCACUGGUCAGCGAGGGCACCAAGGUGGUGACAACAACCCCCAAGCCACCUGUCACCACUGUAGAAAUCGUCUGGGCUACUAACUGGUGGGACGUGUUCCUGUCGCGUUACAACUGGGGAGGGACAGCGGAUUUAUUUGAACCUGACACGGGGUCAACUCUAUCCAGACUUCCUGAAGUUGACAACUGUCUAAUGGAGGAUCCCUGUCAAAAUGGCGGAACUUGUGUCAGUGACGAAAUGUCCUACUCCUGUGUUUGUACAGAUGGGUGGUCAGGACAACAUUGUGAAAGAGAUUUGGACGAAUGUCGAAGGAAUCCUUGUAAUGGACGACCCUGUACCAACACUCUGGGGUCGUACAGGUGUGAAUGUCCCAGCGGAUUCACGGGGUUCGACUGUACUCAGGAUUUAGAUGAAUGUGAGAGCAGUCCAUGCCAGAAUAAUGGAGUUUGUACAAACACGCAGGGCUCUUUUACCUGUGAGUGUCAACAGGGGUGGACCUCCACAACCUGUGAAGAAGAUUUGAAUGAAUGUGUUUCUAAUCCAUGUAAAGAAGGCAGUAAAUGUGUAAAUAAUGAAGGUUCCUACACGUGUGAAUGUGACAAAGGGUGGGAAGGAAAAAACUGCACCACGGAUGUCGAUGAAUGCCUUUCAUCCCCAUGUGGUAGUAAUGGAAUAUGUGAGAACAGUGCUGGGUCCUUCUAUUGUUCCUGUAAUAAAGGCUGGGCUGGGAACACCUGUCUUAAAGAUGAAGAUGAAUGUCUAUCUUCCCCUUGUCAGCACGGAUCGUUUUGUGAAAAUACUGAAGGAUCCUACACAUGUUUAUGUAAGGGAGGAUGGGAAGGAAAAGAUUGCGACCAAGAUGUUGACGAGUGUCAAAACCAGCAACCCUGUGCCAAUGGGGGUCUCUGUAAAAAUACAAAUGGUUCCUUUCAGUGCGUGUGUGUACCAGGAUGGACUGGAGGAAACUGCACAGAUGACGUGGACGAAUGUUCGAACUCCCCAUGUGGGGAGGGUGUUCCUUGCUUCAACACGGAAGGUUCAUAUACCUGUAAAUGUCCUCCAGGAUGGACAGGCAAAAACUGCACAGAAGACGAAGACGAGUGCCUAAGCGAUUCUGAACUUUGUAGUAAUGGAGGGGUAUGUAACAACACAGCUGGGGCAUUUACAUGUGAAUGUACCAAUGGCUGGACUGGGAAAUUGUGUGACCAAGAUGUAGAUGAGUGUCUGAUGUCGCCUUGUCCCGAAGGUAGUAGCUGUGUUAACUUGAACGGAUCCUUUACGUGUGAAUGUAUGGUAGGGUGGACAGGACAAUACUGCGAAACAGAUGUAGACGAAUGUUUACUGACUGACUGUGGUAACGGGGGCACCUGCUUUAACUACAAUGGCUCUUAUGGGUGUGACUGUUCCCCAGGAUUUGCAGGGACUCCAUGCGAAGAUGUUGAUGAAUGCCAGGAUAGUCAAUGUGCCAAUGGGGCGGCUUGUGAGAAUACCCAUGGAUCUUUUGUGUGUAAAUGUGACUCAGGAUGGCAGGGGAAUCAGUGUGAUGAAGACGUGGAUGAAUGUGUUCAGAAUCCCUGUUCUAAUGGAGGAGCUUGCCAAAAUUUAAAGGGAUCCUACCAGUGUGACUGUCCUCAAUCUUGGGUUGGACAAGACUGCACAGCGAGAAUGUUUUUGAUGGGAGCUGAAGGAGAGUAUGGUUCUAGUGUUACUAUCAGCUGUGGUGUCCAACGCUUGGAGAAGUGGAAUUCAAUCGAAGUGAAACAUGGAAACAGGACCUUAUAUCAGGUCAAUCCAGACGGUAUUUUUACUGACUUUACCGGUGGUGGGGUCAAAAUCAACAGUAGUGUCGUGGGUAAUGGAGCGGAUGUGUCCCUGACCUUCCAGAAUCUACGAUGUGAAGAUGAUGGAAAAUAUCAGUGUACUGUAGAUGGAAAUUCUAAAAAUACUAUGAACCUCGUUGUGACAAAACCCCCGUCUGGAGAACCAACCAGGAUUUCAAAGACAGAAGGAGUUUUGAAGAAUCGUAGAGCCAUAAAUGUUCAAUGUCAAGGACACCCCUCCUACCCUUAUGGAAGUCUUAAGUUCCAAGUUAAAAUGCAAAAUGAAGCUGUUUUCAAAGACUUUCAAUUUCCAGUGCAAGUUCAAGACGACCUCUCUGCAGACUGCUCACGUACACAAACUAUGUAUGUUGACUACAAUUUUGGCCAAGAAUGGGACCAAGCUACGAUUCGAUGUGUUGAGGAAGAGUCUGGGAAUUUUGAUGAAACAGUGAUAAAUGUGCUUCCAGACAAUUUUUGCGAAAGAGCAUCCAUUGUAACAGAAACAUUUCUGGAACAUCCGCAUGAUCCGAAGAAAUAUGUACAGUGCCUCAACCAACUACCUAGAGCAGUUAUGGAAUGUGAUGUCGACACGUGUUUCCACGAAAAUGAACAACAGUGUGGAUCUUGUGUUAAAGAAUGUCAAGUAAACUUAUGUAGAAAUAAAGCCUCGUGUUGGAUUAUCAAUGGCGUUCUUUCCUGUCAGUGUUCUAGCGGCUGGAGUGGAUCUUUAUGCGAGAUGGAUGAAGAUGAGUGUUUAUCGUCCCCUUGUCUUCACGGAGGAUCGUGCUAUAACUUACCGGGUGCCUACAUGUGUAAUUGUACAGCGGGCUGGCAAGGACCACUCUGUGAUACAGAUGUAGAUGAAUGUUUGGCGAAUCCCUGUGCCAAUGGAGGGCAAUGUACCAACACUAUUGCGUCCUACACGUGCGCCUGCUCGCCGGGAUGGACAGGAAAACAAUGCAAUACAGAUAUUGACGAAUGCUUAUUUUCACCUUGUCAAAACGGGGGCACUUGUGAAAAUCAACCAGGGGCAUAUUCCUGCACUUGUUCCGAUGGAUGGACAGGGACAUACUGCGAACAAGACGUUGAUGAAUGUUUACUGAAUCCUUGUAUUAACGGAGGGAGAUGUACUAAUUUGAUUGGAUCCUUCACCUGUGACUGUCCUCAGCCGUGGUUCGGAAAAAUCUGUGAGAGUGGUCUGUUUGUUGACGGUCAUCGAGGAGAGAUUGGCUCAGCUAAUGUAACAGCUGUGACGUGUUCUGUAUUUAAUUACCAAGACUGGAAGCGUCUUGAUAUCAUUCGGAGUGACAUAAGAAACAGAUCAGUGGUUAGAGUUACUCCUGAUGGUAGUAUCAACUCAGUUUUCAAUAAAAGAAAUAUUCAGGUGAUUUACACACCAGGAAAUGCACAGCAACCAGCGGAAGUGUCAUUACAGUUUACGCGCUUGCGCUGUAGAGACGAAGGCGUGUACAAAUGUGUUUUAGACAAUGGUCAAAAUCAGGAUGCAAAAAUAAUUGUUACAAAUCCAGCGCGUGGAAAGCCUGUUAUUUCAAAGAUUGAAGAGUUGUAUGGGGAAGCUAAUAUCGCAUUUAACUGCACAGGAUACCCCGGAUACCCGGAUGGUGACCUACAAUUCCAGGUUAAACUUCAAAACGAGACAGCCUUCCAUGAUUUUACAUUUUACAGCGCUACAAGAAAAAACGUUGACAUUGGAUGUGUCCGAAAACAAACUGUUAAUGCCACUUAUUUUAUGAACAUGGAGUGGAACAGGGCAAAGAUAAGAUGUAAAGCCAAAGGAUCCGAACUGUUCGAUGAAACAAAUGUCUAUCUGUUAUCACCCGAGAUUUGUGCAACUGUUCCACUUAAUAAAGGCAUUCGUCAUCCAUACAACAAAGAAAAAUACAUCACGUGUACAAGAGAGGCACCCAAAGUCCGAAACUGUCCAGACACCACAUGCUUUGAUGACAGAAACCAACAGUGUCUCUUUACAUGUGACAAUGACGAUUAAAAAAACCUUGCAAAUUCUGAAAGAAAUUUAAUUGAAAAUUUAUUCAGACACCAUUUAUUUUUUUCUGUAAAAUUAUUCCUUUUU